AUGGCUUUUAUGGUGAAGACUAUGGUGGGUGGUCAACUGAAGAACCUCACUGGAGGUCUGGGGGGCAAAGAAGAGAAAGGCGAGGGAGAGAAAUCACCAGCUGAAGCACAAGGGAUGACAAGGGAAGAAUAUGAAGAAUAUCAAAAGCAGCUUCUGGAGGAAAAGAUGGAACGAGAGGCAAUGUAUACUCAACGCAAAGCCGAAAGAGCCACACUCCGGACUCAUUUCCGAGACAAGUACCGCUUACCCAAGAGUGACGUUGAUGACACACAAAUCCAGUUAGCUGGUGGAGAUGUUGAGCUACCUAAAGAGUUGGCCAAAAUGAUUGAAGAGGAUAACGAAGAAGAAGAAGGAAGAUUAUCAGUCAUUGGCCAACUUAGCAAUAUCCAGAAUAUUGACUUGGACUCAAUUAAAGGGAAAGCCCAGUCUACACUGGAUGACCUGAAGCAGUCAGCUGAAAAAUGUACUCUCAUGUGA